AUUCUAUGUCUUCUUCGUGGUCUUGGUCGCCUGUCUCAAAUGUCAAUGUGGUUGUCAAUUGGUGUCACUGAAAGUGUUUCAUUUGUCAUUGUUCUCAUUAGUAUUCGUUUGUUUCUGUUGUAAAAAUUAAAAGAAAAAUUAUAUUGUGUAUUAUCAUUUGUUGUACGUUCAAUAAUAAUAAUAAUAUUAUUGUUUCUUUAAAUGUUGCAAGAAAAAAUUUCAAGAAACUUACACUAUAGUUAAAAAGAUUGCAGAUAAAGGGAACUUGAAAAGUUUUACAAUACUUUAUGUUAGAAUGUUAGAAUUUUAAGUAAAAAAUUCUAAGAAAUCUGGAUUUCGAAUGCUUGAGAUAUACAUAUUAUUUUUAAAAUAAACAUAAUUUCAUAAAAAUCGAUUUACAACCAUAACUAAACGCGCGUCUCAAAUUUUAGAUCUUAAUUAUUUAAAACACCACAGCUCAGACCUAAAACAAAUAAUAAAAACCCAAAGGUCAAACCUCAAACUAAAAAAUAGUGAAAUCAAAUUAAAAAAAAAUCAACAUAUAAUUUUUACAUAUUAAAACGCCAAUGAAUAAACAUGAUACUAGUGCCACAAAUAACAAAACAAACUCCAACACAGCCACCACCAACAGCAGUAGCAGCAGCAAUAACCAACAAAACAAAAACAAUAAUAAAUUACAAAAAAUAGAAGUAGUAGAAACUGCCCCAAAAACAGAAAUCAACCACAAUAAUAGUGAACUGCAGCAAAACAAUGCUGAAACUAUAGAAAAUCUUGUGAACCAGCCGCAAGUAACAAUGCCAAACAUGCAAAAGUCAACGGCACAGCAACAACAAAAUAUCAGGGAUGCUAAUACUCAGCAAACCUAUCAAAUGAUCUAUCCACAAAUGGCCACGGUUAUGACAUCUAGCAAAGCUGAAACCAAAUCGGGCCUAAGAUCACCCAUCUCCUCACCCUUGGCUUUGCGCAAGAAUAGAGGUCUACCACCGGUAAGUCCAAAAUCUACACCACCUUUGCCCAGGAAACAUUAUCCCUUGGCUUAUAAUGCCAACUCCACGGGCAGCAAUACAUCUACACCAAUAACCAUACCGGCGGUACCACCUAGAAUGAUGGCAGCAGCUACUGCCUCUAGUCCAGCUUCUAGCUUAUCACUAUCAUCCUCAACAUCGUCACCCUCUUCAUCGCCGCCACCACCUCCCUUACCCUCUAGGGCACCGAAACUGUCAUCAAGCGGCAAUCUCCAUAAAUUACUAAACGAAGUCUCUGGCUCGAAAACACAAAAACCUCAAAUAUCUUCCUCUCCCAAAAAAUCUCAACAGGAGAAAUCAAUCAAUCAAAUUAAUGAAAUCGAUUUGGAUAAAUUAUUAGCCCAACAAAAAAAGUUGGAGGAGAAAACAGCUGCAGUCCAAGCCUCCUCAAAACUGGAUGCCUCAUUUUAUGAUGCCGAAAUUGAAAUGAUGAAUAAAUAUUUGAAAAGUUUACCCGACUACAGUGAGUUAGAUCGUAAAUUGCAUCAGGAAUUUCAAGAGUGUGAAGAUUUAUAUGAUAAACUCAAGAAGAGGCAGGCUCCUCUAAGUAAAUCUAAUUCUCAACAAAGUGUCAUAGGAGAGGUACCGAACAAAACUGUGUUGCCAACUCAAGAGUCAAUAGGAAAUAAUAAUGGCCUUACCAAGUCCUCUUCUACUAACUUUCAUAUACCUCCCAAUGUGGCCAAUCAAACACGCAUACAAUAUCCCUCCAUAUUCCAGCAAAAACCCAAAUUACAAAGGAGUAUUUCCAGUUCUAAUAUGCCAUACAGCAGCUCUUCUAUGCAGCAAGCUUCACCAGCUUUACAGAGAAGUCUCUAUUAUGAUAAUCAGCCGCUAACGGAGGAAAAGAAUUCCUCACUCAGUGGCUCGAAUUUGUCUUUAAACAAACAAAUGUUAAAUGAUUUUUGGACAGAAAAUCUAGCCCAAAACCAAAAACGACAAACUCCCAAACGCACUUUAUGGAAUUUUGACAAAGUUUGUAAUGCCACGGUGGGCGCUGCAGGAGCUCCCUUAAAGGUGGAUGCUCAAACUGCCAAAAAAUUAGCCAUAUUCGACCCCACAGUAGCAGAAGCGGCUCAAAAGGAACUACACAAGCAACCCAACAAAUUGCAGAAAAAUGCUUCGCUUUCUCAUCUGGACAUGAAAGUACGCCAGGCAGUAACCAAAGAAGAUCUCUAUAAAUUAAUAUGUAAUGAACCCUCCUCACCAAAAGCGGUAGAAACAAACACAAAUUCUACAAACUUUGUUAGUAAAGUACCUCUAAAAAUAGCUGCUGCCCCAGUAACAGCUUUAAAUAAAAGUGUCUCAAUGACACAUGUGCCUCAGGCUGUAGGUCAAACUCCCUUUAAUAACAACUCCUCUACACAUGUACCCUUUAACAGCAAUCUGCGUAGAUCGACUAGUAAAACGCAUAUACCUUGUUAUAUGAAACAUUUGCCUUCUCUCAGUCGUAGUACCUCAAAUAGUGCUAUUCUCUUGCCACCUGAUCCCAAACCUUCAAAUGAAGGCAAUCAUGUUAUUAAUAGAUCUUCAUUCAAACCAAUUAAUCAGCCUCUAGUAAACAACUCAUUGACAAUGUCUGCGUCAUGUUAUGACACAGCGACUUCGUCGUCGUCGUCACCGAAAACGAAUGAGACAUCUGCAGUCAAUCCUCUUAGAGGUCUAUUAAAAAGUCUAUCAAGUUCAAAUGUUUAUGGAGCUCCUAAAUAUAGUCCAUUUUAUGCUACCAAACAGCAGCAACAGACGUCUAGUGAUUCAUCACAAUCUAUAAAGCAACCAGUACAAAUGACAACUUCUUUGGUGGCAAAUGUUGCAGCAACAUCAAAUGCCAAUGAAUUGAAGGGUACUACUGCUUUAAAUGAUGAAAUCAUGAUGUUAAGGCAGCAGCAGCAACAACAACAACAGCAGCAAGUAGAGAAACAACAAAACAAACAAAAUUUUAAAGAGUCUUUAAGCAAAAAUAUUGCUAACAACAAUGUGGCCAAAACUAAUAUUGACUCUCCCUCCCUGGAACGUAAAUCGGAAAAAAGUAAUAGUACUAUAAGUACAAGUAGUGUUACAGUUACAAACUGUUGCACUACCCACUUGCCACAAUUAACCAAAUUGACCUCAUCUUUUCAUAUACCAGCCACUCAAGAAAAAACCCAAGCUACAAAUGUCCAUAGUGCUCAAGGUAUAAGUUGUAUUGGAAAUGGUUCUGGCCAGGGAGAAAGUUUACCAAGAGUGGGUCAAUACAAGAUCUCAAAAACACAAAGUGCUGCCAAUUUAGAAUUGUCAAAGCGUCAAAAAGACGCUGACAAUAAAAUAGAGAAAUGUUUCAAUGAUAUAAUGAAAAAAUCUCAACAGAACGUAACAACGUCGUCAGCUACGACGUCAGCGUUAACAACAACAACGACAAAUGCCACAAGCAGCGUUUCUACCGCAAUAUCAACACCAACAAUAGCGCAUAAUUUAAAUGCCGAAAAAGUGAAUGUUAAACAAGAGCCAAUAAAUAAUGACAACGUCACCUCGUCUUUGUCGAAUCUUCAAAGCACUGCACCAACAAACCACAAGGUUAGUGAAAAUUUAACCUCUCAACCAUUAACAUCGACUACUACAUCCGGCAACAUAACUAAGAAUUUAUCACAAAUCCCAGUGGCCACUACGAAUUUGACUCAAUUACCUACGAAGAAAAACUAUCCUAUUGGCAAAUCGAACUCAACAUCUCAAAUACCCAUGGCGAGUUAUCAAAGGCCUCAGCUCUUGCAAACUAUACCUCAGCAACAUGUUGCUGAAACCAAUAAUAUGACUAAUGUACAGCCCAGCUAUCCGCAACAAAAGAAAACAUUUUUGAAUUGGACUUCUUUUGCUUGCAAUACUAAUGAUCCUAACUAUCAGCAAACAGGAAGACUACAGCAAUCUGGUUCUGUCAACAAUGUAGCAAGGAAAAUGCAACAUUUUCAACCUGUACAGCCGCAGGCCACGUUGUCAACAUUUAAACCGGACUUUUUGCAAAAGAAUCCCAAUAAAGAGAACAAAUUUCAAGUGCAACAACAACAACAGCAGCAGCAAUUAUAUAAUAAUCAGCAACAGUGUUUGGUGAGUCAGCAACAACAACAACAACAACCUUCAGCUUUUGUUUAUCAGCCGCGUACGAAAAAUCCUUUAAGCCAUUCGGCUUCAUUUUCAGCGGUGCAAAAACCCAUUGCCUUGCAAAUGCAUUUGGGUCAACCGCCCGUUAUGGAGCAACAAUCUAAACCUCAAUAUAUGAUAAAUAACUUUGGCAACAUGAUGCCUCAACAUCAUGUCAGGCAGCCACAACAAGAACGUAAAAUUUUACAAACCUUUGAUCCUUUCUACAGCAAUAAAACUAUGGAACAAAAGUUUUAUCAACACAAACCUAAUCAACAGAAUACUCAAACAAAUGUUGCAGCGGCUGCUGCUGGUGGUGUAGGGUUUAAUCGUUAUCAACAACAAUUUGUGCCCAUUUUACAACAUCAACCCCAACAAAAUAAACAACAUAAUCCAUUGAUGCAAUCGGCUUCAGCAUCGGCCUUAAAUUUCUAUCAGUCUCAACAAGCUCAGCAACAAAUAAACAAUACCACGCAAGUAUUUCAUCAACCUUUAAUGUAUCAGCAACAUGUGUCACAACACCAGCAACAACAACCACAGCAAACACAACAUCCUUUACAGCAAAGUAAUUCUAUGAUUUUGAAUCAUACAAAAACCAACAAUCAAAUGUCUAAAUCCGCCCUAGGACUUCACUAUGUCGAGACAGCAAAGCCCGUCAUACAAGAUGAUCCUGAUGGCCACUUGAUUUAUCACUCUGGCGAUAUACUUCAUCACAGAUAUAAAAUCAUGGCCACCCUCGGUGAAGGUACAUUUGGACGUGUUGUCAAGGUCAAAGAUAUGGAAAGGGACUUUUGUAUGGCCUUGAAAAUCAUUAAGAAUGUGGAAAAAUAUCGUGAAGCUGCCAAAUUGGAAAUUAAUGCUUUAGAAAAGAUUGCACAAAAGGAUCCAAAUUGUGAACAUUUGUGCGUAAAAAUGAUAGAUUGGUUCGAUUAUCACGGACACAUGUGCAUUGCUUUUGAAAUGUUAGGUUUGAGUGUUUUCGAUUUCUUGCGUGAGAACAACUACGAACCAUAUCCAUUGGAACAAGUGAGACACAUGGCCUAUCAGCUGUGCUAUUCUGUGAAAUUUUUACAUGACAAUCGUUUAACGCACACAGACUUAAAGCCUGAAAAUAUACUUUUUGUUGAUUCAGAAUACAAUACACAUUAUAAUCAUAAGAUUAAUCGUGAAGUAAGACGUGUCAAAAAUACCGAUGUACGUCUAAUCGAUUUUGGUUCAGCCACUUUCGAUCAUGAACAUCAUAGUACCAUAGUAUCGACACGUCAUUAUCGUGCACCAGAAGUUAUACUCGAAUUGGGUUGGUCCCAACCAUGUGAUGUUUGGUCUAUAGGCUGUAUACUCUUUGAACUUUAUUUGGGCAUAACACUAUUCCAAACCCAUGACAAUCGUGAACAUCUUGCCAUGAUGGAACGUAUACUUGGACAGAUACCAUAUCGUAUGGCACGCAAUCAUGUUCUUUACAGCAAAACUAAAACAAAAUAUUUCUAUCAUGGUAAGUUGGAUUGGGAUGAGAAAUCAUCGGCCGGUCGUUAUGUGCGCGAUCAUUGUAAGCCACUAUUUAGAUAUCAAAUGAGUGAUAGUGAAGAUCAUUGUGAAUUAUUUGAUUUAAUUAAGAAAAUGUUGGAGUAUGAACCAUCACAACGUGUUACGUUAGGUGAAGCUUUACGUCAUCCAUUCUUUGAUAAACUCCCACCACAUCAGCGUGUAGGUGAUCCAGCCUCAAAAGUAAUGCAACCCGCCUCGUCUGGUAGCAGCAGCCGUGAACGUUCACACAGUUUAUCAAGAUGAGAAUUGGCACGAUUUGGUUAUUAUUAAUUAAUAACAACAUUUUUUUAAUUUCUAUAAUACUAAACAACAAACAACCAAUUUUCUUUCUUAAUUUUUAAACAAAUUUCACAAAAAAAACAAAAUAAUUUAAACAAAAAUUUACAACAAAAGCUAAGAAAAACAACUGAUACAACAAAACUCAACACUGCUACAAACAACUACAACAACAACACAACACACAGCAGCCAACCUACAAAAAAAAAAAGCAGCAAUUUUUUUAACAAAAAAAUGGAAAUUUUAAAAACUUAAUUUUUGUAAGUUUUUCUUUUAAAAGUUUUAAAAUUUGAUUACAAACUUUUUACAGUAAACAACUAAUCAUUUCAAUUUUUAAGUUAAAAUUCUACAAAAACAAAAAAAAAAAACAUUGUAAUUGUUGUAACAUACUUACCUACAAACAUAUUUACAAUAAUUAGAAAUUUCAUUUUAUUAUUAUAAUAAUAAUUUUAUAAUUAAGAAAUAGGAGCUCUUUCUUUUAUUUCACUUAUUAACCACUAUUAAUUUUUAGUUUUCUUUUUUUUUCUGAAAAAAAUACAAUUGUUUUUGUAUAUUUCUUUUUUUAAUUUCCCUUUUCAAAACUUCUUUUGUUGUACUUUUAAAUUUUCAAGCUUAAAAUUAUAACUUUUUUUGCUUCUUAAAAAUUUGUUUUGACACAAAUUUCCUUUUUUUAAUGUAUGGCAAAAGAAAUAUUCUAAGUUUUUCUUAAAUGAAAAAAAAUGAGUAACAUUUUUUAUUAAAAAAAAUUGUAAUAAUUUUGUGUAUUUUAUUACCACCCCCACCUUAAAAAAUUUCAUUGAUUUAUAAUUUAAAUUUUACAUAUAUUCAUUUAUUUUCUACAUUUAGCUUAUUAAGUUUUAUUUUACGUUUUUCCAUUUUUUUCCCCAAACUUUUCUUUUUCUAUUUGUAUGUAAAAUUUGCUUUAAUAUCUUUAGUGAUGAAUUAAGUAGUUUAUCAUAUAGUUUAUCAUUCAUUUAUUUCUUUAUAUUUUGUAAUUUUUUCCUAAUUCCUAUAAGAAUUACCUCAUUAUUCACUUGUAAUUAAAGAAUUAUUUUGUCUUUAUUUUAAUUUUACAUAUUGCUGGUAGUGUUAUGAUGAUAAACAAGAAGAAAAAAGAGAGAAACAUGAAUGUUAGAAAUGUUUUCUAAAAAGAAAUUAUAAAUGAAGUUUCAUUUUAAGCAAUCUUAUUAUUUAGACUUUUUUUCAAAAUUUUAUAAUAAAUUUGAGAGAAAAAAACAAAAUGUGCAAAUAAACGGAAAUAAUAAAAAUUUGACUAUUUUUUUUAAAUACUUAUGUAUUAGUUUUAAACUUAGUUUAUGCAACUGUAUAAAUGUAAGAGUUAAACAAAUGUUUUCUUUUAGGUUUAGCUUAAGAAGGGUUAUGCUCCACAAAAAGGUGCACCUCUACUCAUAGACCUUAAGGUCCAUUAUGAUUCCUUUCAUAAUGAGUGAAGAUCCAAAAACAGAGAAACAAAAACACUAGAGGAAAACAAGUAAGAAUGAAAUAAAAUGGGUAAAGAGUACAGAUGAAUGGAAACAGGCUUUCAACCAGAAGGUUAAUCAAGACAAUUCCCCAAAAAAAGGAAGAAAACUUAGUUGCAGAACUAAGACUAAUUCCCUUGAUUGCGAGUGUUAAGUCUCUCAAUUUUCCCUAGAUCUUCAUGGAACCUAAUCCCCAAUUAAAAAUGUAUAAAACUGAUACUACUCAUUUGUUCUAAAGAGAUUUGGUUUUCAAAAUUGUUAUGAAAUACACAGGAACUAAAAUCCUGAUUUCCAAAACCAUUCAUCUGCGAGCCACAAUUAAAAAUUUCGUAGACUUUAUGGUCCAUUGGGAUUACUUUCAUAAUCCUAU